CGGCGCGGGCGGUGUCGCAGUCCCGCACGGUGCCGUCCCGUGGUGCCGGUGCUCGCCAUGGGCUCGGCUCCGCCCGCCUUCAUCGGCGCCGAGGAGGUGGAGAAGCACCUGCCCCGCGCCAGCCUCCUGCUGCCGGCGCUGGAGGCCGCCCUGGGCAACUUCUCGUCGGGCCCCGCGGGAGGCGUCGUGCAGCCGCUGCGCACCGUGCUGGCCGUGCCCGGGCACGGCGGGUACCUCGGCGUCAUGCCCGCGUACAGCGCUGCCGAUGAUGCUCUGACAACCAAGCUGGUGACUUUCUAUGAGCACCUGAAGGAUUCCCCUGCCCCUUCUCACCAAGCGACUGUCCUCUUGUUUGACCCUCGCAAUGGUUCUUUGAAAGCUGUCCUGGAUGGCAGUGUCAUCACAGCAAAGCGAACAGCUGCAGUUUCUGCCAUUGCUACCAAGUUGUUAAUGCCAGCUUUUGCAGAGGUGCUGUGCAUUUUGGGAGCUGGUGUUCAAGCAUACAGCCAUUAUGAAAUCCUCACAGAACUCUUCACAUUUAAAGAGGUCAGGAUAUGGAAUCGCAGCAAGGAGAAAGCGGAGAAGUUUGCCAGCUCUGUCCAUGGUCCCGUGCGGGUUUGCUCCUCUGCCCAGGAGGCUGUUGUUGGGGCUGAUGUGAUUGUAACAGUCACCAUGGCAACAGAACCCAUCCUGUCUGGGGCCUGGGUAAAGCCAGGUGCCCACAUCAAUGGUAGGCUGUGUUCUCACUGUGUAAAGGAGGUGUUUAUUAUCAUUGCUUGGCAUCAACAUCUGUUGAAAGGCACAGGGACUCUUUUAGGUUCAAUGGCAGAGAUUUUUGCUGAGCUCGGAGAGGUAUUGAAUGGUGCAAAACCAGCCCUGCCUGAGAAAACAACAGUGUUUAAAUCAUUGGGGCUGGCAAUUGAAGAUGCAGUGGCAGCAAAAUUUGUUUAUGAUGCGUGGUCAGCUGCAAACUAAAGGGGAAGUCUACAACGCCAAUGAGGCUAAGAGGAUUGAUUACUCUUAGUUUCUUUGGAUCCUUUGUUAACAAGAAAGGCACCAGUCCUAUCUGAACGUGGCCCUUCUAGAACACUCAGGAAUCAAAAGUAAAAAUUCAGCAGUUGACUGAUUUCUCAAGUUUUCUAAUUGCAAAUCUUAAAUACCUGCAGUAUUGAUAAUAAAUGUAUCUCUCUUGUAACAACAGGUAUUAGAUGUUUGCAGUGAUGUUGGGAAAAUCUUUAAUUGUAACACAUAAUUUUUGAGUGUUGUGAAUUCCUUUAGCUUUAACAGACAGUGCUUAGUCCUGUAAUCACCCAUACCAGUGAUUAAUGUGUGCAAGUGGAUAUCCUUGCCCUGAGAUCAACGACUGUGGGCCUGAGCAACACUGAUAAGAAGGUCUGUCUUGGCCAGACCACACAGCUAGGGUGCAUUCAAGGAGAAGAGACUUUUUUUGGAGGCCUGUGACCAAAAAAGAAUAACUUUCUGAAUGGGAUGUUCCCCAAAAGACCAUGGAGACCCUCAAGAGACCCCUCCUCUAAUGUAAAUGAGUUUUGAGAAGUAAUUUAAAUAUGUAAAAGAAUUGGUAAGAAUGUUUAGGAUAUAUGUAUGAUCUGGGGAAAUGUCAUGAAUAUAUAUUAGUUACAGAGAUCUAAAUCAGUAUGUUACAUAGCUGGGUGUGUGACAGGAGGAGAUAUCCCCUGCACGCCCAGCACCAAAAAUAAAUUGUUGCCACUUCCUAAUGCUACAAAGAGUGUUAGAGGGUUUUAUUCCCCAUUUGUGGUGAUGGUUCCUGGUGACCCAGAUGGGACAGUGCUGUUCACACUGCAUGGAUUCCAGGAUACUGAGGACUCCAGAGCACACCAAAGAUUUUAUUGAGGAACAUCCUCUUGGUCCCAGGAUCCGGUGAGUUCAAGUUCUGCUGGGACUUAUUAAGGCAUUACUGGAGGGGGGGUAUAACAGAGCUGUUGGAAAGUCUCACUGGAUUAAGGUAAAGGGAGUUUGGAAACCAGGUUUUGGGCUUGCUCUGCUAUCUACAGGGAGGCCUUGAGUGCCAGCCCUGGGGAAGGUUAAAAAUUGUAAAUAGUGAAAACAGUAAAAAGGAAGGUACCUUGUGGGUCAAAGCCCCACUGCCACAGACUGAAAGCCCUGAGGGCUAUUUUGUAGGCAAGCUUACACAGGUGCCCUGUGUUUCAAGCUCUAAGGUGUGUGAGUGGGUGUUGCACACCCCUCUCAAAGGGAAGUUUAAUUGGUUUAUUAUAUUCUGUGUGAUGGGUUCUGGUCUAUCACCAAAAGUGAGUUUUGGAGAAAUCCCCCUAGGCUGUAUUUUGAAGCAUUGGAGGGAGAUGGAAGGUGCAAUCUCUCCAGGAAACAGUGUGAAUUGAAUAUUGUAAUAAUUGGUGGCCUUUGUACUCUUUUGGAUGAUGGUGAAAAAUGGCCAAUGAAUGGAACUUUAAAUUACAAUACAAUGUUACAAUUGAUGUUGUUUUAUUGUUGGGAAAGGAAAUGGAAUGUGGUGUUGCAUGUGGAUUUGGUUUUCACACUGUCUAAUCAUCUGGAAUGG